CCAUAAACAGCUCCUAACAGUGAGUGACAGACAAGGAGCCAUGUGUGGCUCCACAUUGUGGCCAGCGAAGAGAUUUGUCGGGGGUUAAUUUUAACUUUGGCACGUCCAAGUGUCCAACACCUGUGCUGCAAAGGAAAAUGACAAGAAAGAACAGUGAUUCCAGCCUGAAAGCAAAGAUGUCGAAGGCUCCGGAUUCUCAUGCUCAGUCCCGUUCCAGAUCAAGGUCUAGAUCCAGAUCCUACUCCAGGUCUCACUCCAGAAGCCGCUCCCGCUCAAGAUCCAGAAAACGUCGCUAUAGUUCUAGGUCUCGUUCUCGCUCUCGUUCACACUCUCCAUCCUACAGAAACUAUCCUACCAGGGACUAUCAGAACAACAGAGGUGGGUUCAGAGGCUACAACCGAGGCUACAGGAGGCCGUACCACUACCGAGGCAGAAACCGAGGCUAUUACCAACGUGGUCAUUACCAGAACGAGGAGGCGGGCGGCGGCGGCUACGGCUACAAAGCCAACUGGCAGGGUGGUGGUGGUGGAGGAGGCUGGCAUGAUCGCCACUACGACCAGGAUCACCACUCACACAGUCCGAGGAGGGGGCGCUCCCGCUCGCCCAGGAAGCGCUCGGGCAGCCGGAGCCGCUCUCAGUACUCCGAUCGCUCGUCGUCAGGCAGAUCCCGGCGCUCCAGACGCUCCAGCUACUCCUCCAGGUCCCGGUCCUCGUCCCCAAAGCAUCGCAGCAGCAAGGGCAAGCCCAGCUCCAAGGACGUUAAAGAGAAAUUAGUGGAAAGUCAAGCAGAGAAACCAGGGCAGGCGGCGGACGGCAGCGCCAUCGAGAAGGCGUCUGGCGGCAAGUGGAUCGACUACGACACCAGCCCCAAACGAACCAGCCCUAAGGAAGAGGAGGCCCCCACUGGUCCUGAGAGCAAAGGACCCGGGAGUGCCGGUCCUCUGUGGAAAUCCAUCGGCAGCGUGUCCCCUCCGGCCAAGAGCCCCACAAAACCAGGACAAACGGCCUGCUUCAGCGGCUUUGGGUUCUUCUCAAAGGAAGAUUCUAAAGUUGGAGAUAAGACUGUGAUCUCUGCUGCCUUCAAAAAGUUCUUGGCUGAGAAUAAAAACAAAAAGCAGGCAGCUGAGAAGGAGAAUGGUCGUGAUAAGGAGCAGAGCACUGCAGACAGAGAACUAGACAAAGGAAGCAAGUCCGGAGACCUUUUCAACAUCUCGUCCUCGUCUUUCAGCGACUCCAAGGAAGACAAGACUCAUCCCUUCUUUGACGCUGGAGAAGAGGAGUUCCUCAAGUCUCACGGACUGAAAGACCGGGACAUUGAGGAUGGUGAGAUCAAACCGACCCUGACGGCUCGCGACAUUUUUGGGAAAUGGGGGGAUGAGCCGAGCUAUUCAACGUCCUACCCGAUGGUUAAGGAGAAAAGCCGGAGAGACGUCGAAGAGGCCGAGCCCAUAGAUCACAUGGAGGAGGAUUUGUACAGAAGCCACAAGCACAGCUCAAAGAAAGAGGAGAAAUCCAAGAAGAAGGAGAAGAAAGAAAAGUCCAGGAGGAGUCCGUCCCCUCCCACAACUUCUAGAGAGAAAGACCGUCCGCUGUUUCCUGGAGCUUUCCCUCCUCAGAAAGAGUCGCCUGUACGACACAUGUCAACUUCAAGAGAUGACUUUGAUCUCAAAAUCGGUUCUUUAGAUGAAAUGCCCAGCUCCUCUCUGUCUAAAGAUCGCAUCAUGCCCCGAGAUCUGCUGAACCCCACUAAGAAAGAUCCAGAGUUUCGUUCCAUUUUCCAGCACAUUCAGUCGGCACAGCUUCGUCGCAGCCCCUCUGAGCUGUUCGCUCAGCACAUAGUCUCAAUUGUGCACUACAUCAAAGCUCAACACUUCCACUCCUCUGACAUAACUUUAAGUGAGCGGUUUGCCAUGUACCAAAGAAAAGCUGCAGAGGUAGAAAUGAUGAAGCCAAGGAAGAGCCCAGAAAUCCACAGGAGAAUCGAUGUUUCCCCCAGUGCCUUUAAGAGGCACUCUCACCUGUUUGAGGAUAUGGAGGAGACGAGCUACAAGGAUCCAAGUAAAAAGUUCAAAGGUGAUGUGAUGGACCUCCGACUGGAUAUUGAAAGACGUAAGAGGUUCGCAGGGAAAGAGCGAGACUACAAGCGUGAAGGCGGUAGGAGCCCAGGAGGCUCCCGAGGACCGAGCAGAGAGAGGUCCUCUGAGAAAUCUGGGAAACACCACAAGAAAUCCAAGAAGGGUAAGAAGAAGCGUGAUCGCUCCCCGUCCUCCUCCUCUUCUUCGUCCUCUCCAUCCCCUUACCCUCCACCUUUCAGAGGUAAAGAGUACAUGGGGGAGGGGAUGGAGCACUCGGAGGAGGGCUACUCUCACCCACGUUACCCUCCGCGAGACUCCAGUGGACCCGGAGACAGGGGCCCUCGAGAUUACGAGGGCCACGGUGCCGAGAGAGGCCGAGGCCGCGGAUUUUUCCCCAGAGUCAGAGGACGAGGUUGGAACAGGGGAAAUUAUCCAGGCAACAACAGCAAUGGAAAUCCUGCCAAUAUGAAUCCUCCAGUGCGCCCUCCAGAGGAGGAGUGGGACCCUGAGUACACUCCCAAGAGCAGGAAGUAUUACCUGCACGACGAUCGAGACGGAGAGAAAACCUGGAUCGACAACCGCGGGAGAGGCCGCGGCUCCUUCCCGACUCGCCGGGGUCGCUUCGUUUACCGAAAGGGUGGCAGCAGCCCGAAGUGGACCCACGACAUGUUCCAGGGAGGGGAGGAGGCGGGGCUGGGAGACGACAACUUGGAGGUAGACCACAAAGACACGAAGGGCGCCGGAGAAUCCUCCGCCACGAAACAAUAAACUGAAACUCCCAUCAUCCACAUGUUCGUUAGCAUCUCAGUGUCCAAGUGGUUACAGUGAUGAUGAAGGGGUUAUUUCUCUCUCUUCUUUUUCUUCCCCUCCAUUUCAUCUCAUCUUUAAACGGUUAAAACGUGUCUAGUGAACGUCAAAGUGAAGACAGAACUGUAACUGACUUGAAUGAAGAGCAGCACUCUGUUACUCUUGUAUGUGAGAUGAGAUUAAAUUCAGUGUUGUUGGGGUUUUUUUUUAUGUAAGGGUGAGUUUGAUUUUGCAGCUGAACGAGUUAGUCGUAUCUUUUUAAGAGGGAGAUUACUGAGGCAACAAAGUUCAAACACGAAUAUUGUCUGAAAACAAAAACAAAAAAAGCGUUUGUGCCUUAGAAAAUAAAAAUACAGUAAUACUUGUGUAAUCUGUUUGAAGUUACAGCCCCUGUUGGUCAGUGCAGGAAGGCGUCCAUGUUUUUUUUUUGUCUUUGUUUGGGGCUGUGAUAAAUCUUUGAUGUGAUUGCAUGAAACGUUUGAUUCAUACCUCGCUCCACGGGACCAAUCAGUAGAGGGCGCCAGACUCACGAUUUGUCAUUUUCUUACAAAUGAUCAAAUAUAGCGAUCUGUUGAGCCCCUGGACGGUCGAUGUUUGUCACUUCUAUUACCCGAGCUUUUUCAUAUAGUGCCACUUCACCUGUGUUUCUCAUUAGGACAUGAAGACAUUUUUACAUGUGUGUGCUGCAGUGUAUUCUCAUCGAUCGUGGGUGUUUCUCAGUUUAAAAAAACAACAAGAAAUUUAAAAGAAUUGGCACCAAAAUCCCCAGAUUUGCUUUAGACAGAUGGAAACACGUUAGUUUCCUGCCUUUGUCAUAUCAGUGUAGGUAAGUGGCUACCUUUGUUUAGAUUUUUAAUAAAAAGAAAUAGUACAUGUAUAGAAUAAUAAGACCUAAAUUAUUGUAAUCUUAACAUCUGGGGGAGGGAAAAUAAAAACCGAAUAUGGUUCUUCUUUUUUUUUUUUUUUAAUGCACAAACUGCAGUUUAAUCCUCUGUCAGUGAAAAACAUGGAAAAUUGAAGAGAAACCUGAGAAAUCUGUGACAAAACAUUUUGUCAAUAGGGAAAAAAUGAAAGUGAAAUGAAAGUGUAUAUUUUUAAGAGGAGUUGACACAAACUAGUUUUGUGAAUCUUCGCUGUGCUGCUUCGUCCCACUUUUGACUGUACAUAGUGCAUGUACUAAACAUAACUGUAGGACUGUUUUUUUUUUUUUUUUUUUUUUUUGUUUAAUCGGAAGCUGAAAACUUUUUUACUGUUCUUUGAAGCUUUGAAGUACUUGUCUUUUAAUUUUCAAUAAAUUUUUCUUUGAUUCAGGGCAA